AUGUCUACCAUGGGAUAUUACCCACUCUUCUGCACCACCCCACAGCUCUCAGUAGAUGUUAGUCUCAUUGCAUAUAUUGUUCCGCAAGCGCAGCCGUCUAACCAUGAGAUUCGGUUGAUCCGGAAACUCAUGACCGAGGCUAGAGAUGUCGAUUAUAACGUACAGAACUGCUUUGUUCUUGUCGUCUCCCCUGACCAAGACUGCUUCAACAGAGGCUUGGAACCAGUCACAGAGCCCAUAGCUNGUGGCUUCAUUGGCGCAGAGAUAGACCACCUGACGCAAGUCUCGGCGCGAAGGUUCAAUGACCGACUGUCUGACGAGAUUGAUGACAAGAUCAAUCCAGACACGUUCGUUGUUGUAGACGAGCGCACUCUGGAAGACGACACUCUUCGCGUUCUCCAUAGAGGAUUUGGACCAGUCUACGAUGAGGAGGGUGAACCCAUCUCACACGAGGAUGUCGACAGGCUGGAGACUGUGAGAUGCGGUAUUAAGCAGGUGGGAUGGUUGCUGACAUUGUCGCAAGAGGAAGGUAUGAUCCAGUUCAAGGUCAACCAGGAAAUUCCAUUGAAAGACGAUGACGUCGCAGUAUUGUAG